GAGAUGCGCGCUGCUGACCGAUACUGCGUGGAAUUGGUCAAGAGAGCUCCGGUGGAGUCUGAGUCUGGCUAUGGGUACAUCGUGACGUUUUUUUGUUGGCGACUUUCGGCCGGCCCUGCCCCAAGAUCGAUUAACCCCACUACUUCCGAAACCCACCCCGCUGACGACGUUGCCAAAAUCUCAACGCCUCCACCUCCUUCACCAGACUUCUCCCUCUUCUUUCUCUCCCGCCCUCUUGCUCCAUCAACACCAAUUCUCUAGCAUCCCCCUUACAUACCCCCCCAAACCGCAAUCAUGGGCUACACCGACGUUGAUCAGCUGGCUAUCAACACCAUCCGUAUCUUAGCGGUACGUUUUGCCUGAUUUACCCCUCCAUUACGAGGGGUGGGCCCUAUUUGAGGCCCUCAACACCACGAUACUAUCUUCACGAUAGUUGCUGAUUUUAUCCCAUAGGCCGAUGCUACAUUCAAGUCCAACUCGGGCCAUCCUGGUGCCCCAAUGUAGGUGGCUCAAUUGCCUCGAUUCGAUACUUCUGCUAAUGCCGGAUCCAGGGGAAUGGCCCCAGUCGCACACGUUCUUUUCAACAAGAUUAUGAACUACAACCCAAAGAACUCAAGCUGGGUGAAUAGAGAUCGAUUCGUUCUUUCGUGAGUACUUCUUUCUCUUAAGAUACGCAGCUCCGGCGGUCGAAUAUUCUAGAGGUGAUGAAGCGGGAACUUGCAGAGCUUCCCUUGGCACUGCUUUUUUCGCGGUUUCAUGGCUCUCGCUGAAAAGAAGGCAUUUCAUCUAUUCAUAGCAACUUAAGGAGCUCAGACAGCAUGGAUCCCAAUGCUUUAGAAAAAUUCUUCCGGUUCUUACUAAUGUUUACUAUAGCAACGGUCACGCUUGCAUGCUCCAAUAUGCUCUCCUCCAUCUCUGCGGUUACAAGCUUUCUAUGGAUGACCUCAAGGCAUUCCGAGUACGUCUUGCUGGCAUCCUCUUUUAGAUUGGCUUCGCUAACAAUUGCAACCUUGAAGUCAGUAGACAGCAAAACCCCAGGUCAUCCCGAGGCACACGAUACCGACGGUGUUGAGGUCACAACUGGUCCUCUUGGACAAGGUUUCGCAAAUGCCGUUGGUCUUGCUAUCGCCCAGGCCCACGCUGGAGGCGAGUUCAACAAGCCAGGAUUCGAGCUUAUCAACAACUACACAUACUGCUUUUUAGGAGAUGGAUGCAUGAUGGAGGGCAUUGCCAGCGAGGCUGCUUCUAUCGCUGGACAUUUGCAGCUUGGUAACUUGAUUGCCAUCUACGAUGACAACCACAUUUCCAUCGACGGAGAUACCAACUGUGCUUUCACAGAGGAUGUUGCCUUGAGAUUCAAGUCAUAUGGUUGGCAUGUCGAGACCGUUGAAGACGGUAACAAUGAUUUACAAGCAAUCGAAGAUGCAAUCAAAAAGUGCCAAGCUGUGAAGGAUAAGCCAUCCAUGAUCAAGCUCAAGACCAUCAUUGGUUUUGGUUCCAAGUUGGAAGGCACACACGGUGUUCACGGUGCUCCUCUCAAGGCAGACGACAUCAAGCAGCUCAAGACCAAAUUUGGGUUCAACCCAGAGGAGUCAUUUGUCGUCCCACAACAAGUUUAUGACAUUUACAACGAGAAGGGUGCUAAGGGCGCCGCUCUUGAGAAAGAAUGGGAGCAACUUGUUUCCAAAUACGCCGGAUCUCACAAGACCGAGGCUGCUGACUUGAAGCGUCGUUUGGCUGGAGAGCUCCCAGAAGGCUGGGAGAAGAAUUUGCCAGUAUACUCCCCAUCGGAUUCUCCAGUGGCUUCCCGAAAACUUUCCGAGAUUGUCCUCCAAGCUAUCCACGAUGUCGUCCCAGAAUUGGUUGGUGGUUCUGCAGAUUUGACCGGCUCGAAUUUGACCAGAUGGAAGGAGGCUGUUGAUUUCCAACCUCCAGCCACUGGUCUUGGUGACUGGUCUGGACGUUACAUUAGAUAUGGUGUCCGUGAGCACGCCAUGGGCGCUAUCAUGAACGGUCUUGCUGCAUACGGCACCGUCAUCCCAUAUGGAGGUACCUUCUUGAACUUCGUCUCAUAUGCUGCCGGAGCUGUUCGUCUUUCCGCACUCUCUCAAGUCCGAGCCAUUUGGGUCGCUACCCACGACUCUAUUGGACUUGGUGAGGAUGGACCAACCCAUCAACCUAUCGAGACACUAGCACACUUCCGUGCUCUCCCCAAUUGCAUGGUCUGGCGCCCAGCUGACGGAAACGAGACCAGCGCUGCAUACUAUGUUGCGUUGACCUCAAAGCACACCCCAAGUAUUAUUGCUCUCUCCCGACAAAACCUUCCACAUCUCGAGAACUCCACCCUUUCCAACGCAAUCAAGGGUGGAUAUGUUGUUCACGAAGCUGAGAAGGCAGACAUCACAAUUGUCUCUACUGGUUCCGAAGUGGGUAUUGCUGUUGACGCAGUCAAAUACUUGAAGGACAACCACAACCUCACUGCCCGUGUUGUUUCUAUUCCUUGCUUUGAGGUGUUCGAUGCUCAGGCCAAGGAGUACAGACUCAGCGUUUUGCCAGAUGGUAUUCCAUCCCUCUCUGUUGAAGUCAUGUCAACUAUGGGAUGGGAAAGAUACACCCACGAGCAGUUCGGUCUCAACAGAUUCGGUGCCAGUGGUGCCUACAAAGAUGUGUACAAGGUAUGUCACUUAUCAGAAGCUUAUCAUGACCAUAGCUAACAGCUGUAUAGAAAUUCGAGUUCACUCCAGAGGGUAUCGCCAAGCGUGCCGUUGCAACUGUUGACUUUUACAAGGACGUUCCUAACCUCAGAUCUCCUAUCAACCGUGCUUUCCAGCAACUCAUCUAAAUCUCUUAAAAAAUGGGGAAGAAGGCUUCUAGAGAGGGGA